UGACUAAUGUAAUCGAAUUUUUGCGAAAUUUUGAAAGCAGCUGUUGUCACACAGCUGAUAACACAAUUAAUUUGCACAAAUGCCGGCAUCAAUUCGUUUUAAAUAUUUUUGAGUGUGUGCUGUGUACGUUAGCAGGGAAAAAUGUCUCAAGAGCAUAGAGAUGGCGGAGUUAUAAAAGCCAGCAUUUUAAUGCUGAACGAUGAUUGUUUGCUGGAAAUCUUUAAACAACUAGAAUUGGUUGAACAGGUGCGUUUGGCGACGAUUUGUCCACGUUUGCGCAGCGUAUUUCAAUAUUACUGCCAAAGACAUUGCAAAAUAUUGCGAAAAGAUGAUCUCAAUGAUAUGAGCACGCGAGAGAUAAGGCGAUUUUUUGAAAUGGCAGGUAGUUCCCUCGAGGAACUAGAUAACUUGCCCUACACUGACCAGGAACGUAAUGAAUAUGUGACACAAGUACAUAAGAAUUGUCCAAAUGUACGAAGAAUUUAUUUUGGAAUGACAAAAAUAAAAUCCAAAUGUUUACGCAAGCUACUUAUGAAUAUGAAACACUUGAAUAGCUUGCAUUUACAAAAGUGUUCGCUGGACGACAAUGCAAUGCAAAGUGUAUCGGAGUUGGCAAAUUUGGAGAUUUUGAGAUUAGAGGGAGAAGAAGACAUAACGGGACGCUAUUUAAGUAAAUUGAAAUGCCUAAAGGAGCUAACCUUCGUUGAAUGUGGCAUACAAGAUGAUUUCUUUGUGGAAAUUUGCACAUCGCUUAAGGACCUCAAAAAGCUAACUCUACAGUGGUGCGAUGCACUUACUGAUGUGGCUAUUUCAGCGCUGCCAGUGAACUGUAUAAAUUUAGAAAAACUCAAUAUAUCCUGUAAUCAAAGAUUUGAAUACUAUGCUAUAGCGCAGCUACCACGUCUAGCUGAUUUAGAAUUAUCUGCCGAAAUGUUUCGAACACAAUCAUUUAAUGUGUUACUCAAUCGACUAGCCGACCAAAAGGGUGAGCAACUGGAGUGUUUGCGCAUUUUUUCGCCCAGACUCAUUGUGGACGAUGGCAUGCGAUCUUUGUCACAAUUUAAGAAUCUGAAAGUAUUCGGUUGCGAUUGUAGUAAAUAUAUUGAUGCGACAUGUUUGCGUUUUAUUUGCGCAUUACAACAAUUGGAAAUUGUUAGUUUACGUUACUGUCGCUCAGUUACUAAUGAAGCGGUCUUAGUGUUAUUAGAUGGUUGUCCAAGAUUAAAGUAUAUUAAUGUGAUGCAUUGUGAUCAGUUGACGGAAGAGUUGGUAUUUAAGACGAUAGAUCUGUUGCAGAGAAAACAGGUUGAAAAGCAACGUUUAUGUGAUAAUAUGCCUGUGCUAAUGAUGGUCGCAGGCACAAGAAUAAGGCAUUUAAUUUUGGAUGAUCCCAAGUACAUAGAAGCUUUUGAAAAUGGUCUACUAAAGUUGAGCUUCGCCAAUCCCUUUCAGUUUCCAUACGAAAAUUUAUACUACACAUUUAACGUGCCAGUCGUUGGUGAACUUAAGCACUUUUAUUGAAAACUGACAGUAUAGCUGUUUACUAGCAUUGUUAUUGGCAGCAGCCAUAGAAUAGCGCUAAUAUUCUAAAAAUUAAAAAAAAGAAGAUUGUUCGUUAAAUUUAUUAAACACUGCCUACGUGCUUCAGUGGAUUAUUUGAUGAGAAUUGUAAUGUUUUUUGUUUUUUUUUUUUAACUUUUUUUACUUAUGUAAUUGCUUAAAUUACAAAAUUUUGUUCUUGUACUAUCUACCUUGUGUAUCUAUUUAUUUGCAAAUAAUAACAAAAAUUAUUUGCUUGUAUUAUAUUAAACAGUCUUUAUGCUUGUAAUAAACAAUCCAAAUUUUGUUGGUUAUGUUUCAAAAACUAUAAA